GUGAAUUGGAAAGUUACGGUUUUACACAUAGUUUCCACUUCUUACAUACGAAUCGUAGUAAUUCGUUUAACUAUAUUCACCAUACGUAAUUCAAUAAAAGCAAUUAUUACAAAACGUCAGCCUAGGAAUUUACGACUUUGGAGAGUUUUAUAGUUCUUCAUAUUAUACUCCUACUCCUCUGGUUUUAAAAAAUAGUCGAAUCGACAAAAUCUUAGAGACCACGAGGGGAAAAGGGGGUUCCUCUGCUUCUGCCGAGAACCAUUGACAUCGUGAAUGGAUAUCACUGGAUGGUCCACUUUCUCUGUAGGAAGAAAACGGAAAAUCUGGGAAUAUUUUCUCUUCCUAGACGGAUAACGACGGCUAAAGAUAUUGAAAGCCUCUGCUGCAAAUGGACAACGAGAAAAAAACUUUGGAUUUUUUCGAUGCCGAGGAAUAUGAACUGGAAUCAUUUGGAAAAAAUGAUUUCGGAGCGUUUGGAUUCGACACUGGUCAAUCACUAACACAGGAUUACCUCACUCAGAGCCAGUUUACCCAGCCAAAACGCGACUUUCCACAACCGGAGUUCUCUUCUCAAGUAGAUCAGGAUGACUCGUCGUCAUCAAGCAGUGAUGACGAUGAUAAAAGUAAAAGUCAUCAUUCCUAUAAUGAUGAGGGUAGCCAAGGUCUAGAUGACCUGAGAUUCGAAGACGAUGAAGACGAAGGAACAAUAUUUCGGAAAUUAGCAGAACAUUCUUGCAAGUAUUGUAGCGUCCAUGACCCAGCGGCUGUAGUAAUGUGUAACAUUUGCAAAAAAUGGUUUUGCAAUAGUCGCGGUCACUCGUCCGGAGCUCACAUAAUAAGCCAUCUUGUUCGUUCAAAACACAAAGAGGUUUCCCUGCACAAAGAUGGUCCGCUUGGCGAAACCGUGUUGGAGUGUUACUCUUGCGGAGUUCGAAAUGUCUUUGUUCUCGGGUUUAUACCUGCGAAAAAUGACUCUGUGGUUGUCCUUCUCUGCAGACAACCUUGUGCAACUCAAGCAACACUUAAAGAUUUAAAUUGGGAUCAGGACCAGUGGAAGCCAUUGAUUGUGGAUAGAUGCUUCAUUAAUUGGCUUGUAAAAACACCUUCGGAGAAGGAUAGCUCAAGAUCACGACAGAUAACUAGUGGUCAGAUAUUGAAACUUGAAGAACUAUGGAAAAUUAACCCUGAUGCCACUUUCGAAGAUUUGGAAAAGCCGGGCACUGAUGAAGAGCCUCAACAUGUUUUGCUAAGAUAUGAAGAUGGAUUUCAGUACGAGUCUGUUUUCCGACCACUGAUUAAGCUUGAAGCUGACUAUGAUAAGAAAUUAAAAGAAUCGCAAACUCAUGAAAAUGUUGACAUCCGGUGGGACGUUGGUUUAAACAAGAGGAUUAUAGCUUAUUUCGUGCUUCCCACUGGUGGCGAUUCAGAUCUACGAUUAAUGCAAGGAGACGAAUUAAAAAUAAAGUAUCUGGGAAGCCAGCAUAAACCAUGGUCGGGAGAAGGAAAUGUGAUAAAAGUCCCUGAUAACUACGGAGAAGAAAUUGGAAUUGAGCUAAAACUCAGAUUCUGUAAUCAAGCUCCCACAGAAAUAAGCAACAACUUUGCAGUCGAAUUUGUAUGGAAAUCUACAUCAUUCGAUAGAAUGCUUGCCGCACUCAACAAGUUUGCUGUCGAUGAGAAAGCAGUAUCUUCAUUCAUCUACCAUAGAUUACUUGGACACGACACAGAAGAUCCCCUCUUUCGGCCAAAAUUGCCCGCAAACUUUUCCGCAAAGAAUUUGCCAGAGUUAAACAGGUCUCAGGCAUUUGCAGUUAAACACGCCCUGACUAGGCCACUAUGUUUGAUUCAAGGGCCACCUGGAACAGGGAAAACGGUCACAUCUGCAAGUAUCGUUUAUCACCUUGCAAAAAUCAAUGGUGGUCCUGUUUUAGUUUGCGCCCCGUCCAAUACCGCUGUAGAUCAGCUAACUGAGAAAAUUCAUCAAACUGGGUUAAAAGUUGUUAGAUUAUGUGCAAAGUCAAGAGAAGGAUUAGAUUCGUCCGUUGCAUUUCUAUCACUGCACAACCAAAUUCGAGAGUUGAGCAAAGAAGUGAGCACCGAGCUUUCCAAAUUGCAACAACUAAAAGAUGAAACUGGUGAACUGUCAGUCUCUGAUGAGCGUAGAUACAUAACAUUGAAGAAAAAAGUUGAGAAAGAUAUAUUAGAAGCUGCUGACGUUAUUUGUUGCACUUGUGUAUCUGCUGGUGAUCCACGACUCAAUCGGCUCAAAUUCAAUUCAAUUUUGAUUGAUGAGUGUAUGCAGUCAACCGAACCAGAAUGUAUGGUACCUGUUGUUUUGGGAGCAAAACAGGUGAUUUUGGUUGGAGACCAUUGUCAACUUGGACCCGUGGUCAUGUGCAAACCUGCAGCCAAAGCAGGCUUAUCUCAAUCUCUGUUUGAGAGACUUGUGGUGUUGGGAAUUCGUCCUUUUCGGCUUGAUGUUCAGUAUCGAAUGCACCCUGCCCUAGCGAAAUUUCCAUCAAAUUUCUUCUAUGAGGGCUCUUUGCAAAACGGUGUGGGGACCAAGGAAAGGACUUUGCUGAUUGACUUCCCAUGGCCCAUGCCGGACAAGCCCAUUAUGUUUUACGUAUGUCAGGGGCUUGAAGAAAUUGCUGGGUCUGGAACCUCAUAUCUAAAUAGAACAGAAGCCGCUCAUGUCGAAAGAGUGAUGACACGUUUGCUGAAGGCUGGAAUUCGUCCGGACCAAAUCGGAUGUAUCACUCCUUAUGAAGGGCAACGUGCAUAUCUUGUCCAGUACAUGCAGUCUCAAGGAACUUUAAAUACAAAGCUAUACUUUGAAAUUGAAGUUGCUAGCGUUGAUUGCUUUCAAGGUCGUGAAAAGGAGUUUAUAAUUUUAAGUUGUGUUCGAUCGAAUGACCAACAAGGGAUUGGAUUUCUGAGUGAUCCUAGACGACUGAAUGUGGCCUUGACAAGAGCCAAAUACGGAUUGAUCAUUGUGGGAAACCCUAAAGUUCUUGCAAAACACCAGCUUUGGAACAAUCUCAUCCACUAUUGUAUAGAUUUAAAAACGUUGGUUGAAGGUCCCCUAAACAGUCUUAGAGAAAGUAAUAUGUCGUUUCCAAAACCAAAGCCCAUGGUCAAUGCUGUUAAUCCUGGAGCUCAUUUCAUGCAGACCAACAUUUAUGAUGCUCGUGAAGUGAUGGCUCCACUUCCGAUGCAAGUUCCUCCAAUACCAAUGAACUAUGCUCCCCCUGGUUACUUUAACAAUGACCAAAUGCCUGACGAUGAUGUCAUUGAUGAGAGCUAUAUUAGAGCAUUAAAUGAGCAGUUUGGGAUGAUGAACAUUCAACGUCAUACACAGUAUGGAAGCAAUGGACCCGUCCCAUACGGAAUGUUUAUGAACAUGGCCCAUAUACCACCUCGAUUUUUCAAUCAACCAUAUCAACAAAAUCAAGACCAGUCCAUGGGACGAGGACGGAACCUAAAUGGGCUGCCGCCUGGAAACACCAGGGACAGAAUGCGGAACAAUAUGCCAAUGCAACGCUCCGAUGGACAAAUGCCGUAUAAUACCAGAGGUGGUCCAAAAAUGUCAAAUUUCCAACAACAAAACGCAUCAAGAGGUUACAAUGGAGAGCUGGCUAGCCAGCCAGCCAUGUUGUCCCAAGGUUUCGGAUUUUCACAAAGGGGAGACGGUCCAUCCCAGCCACAUCGUUUAGGUUCUCAACCAUUAACUCAACCUGGUGGUCGUACGAAUAUGGGAAUCAUGUCGCAGUCCCAAAUGAUGUCCCAACAAGAUUUUCCUGACGAUUUUGGAGAAUUUAACUCGCAGGCGGACGUAUCAAACGAUGAAAUUGGAAAUCGCUUGAGAAGGGACCGGGAUAGUUCCAAUCCAUCAAGGGGCAAACAGUACCAUGGUCCGGGGAGUUCGCAGUCUCAAUCUUUCCAAUUUUCACAGCCUUACUGAUUACGAGUCAGAAGCCCGAGGUAAGCAACAUGGACGUCAAUCCAGGCUUUUCUGUACUGCGCUACAUAGUGAAUGACACGACACGUACGUUCAAACCCACCAACGGACAGAACAGAAAUGUUGUCGAUUCCUUGUAGCCGUGGCGGCGAAGGCGGCGCUGUGGUCAAGCAGAUGUCAGACAGAUAACAAAUCAACAACUCUACAUUUCCAGCAAAUGUCUCUAAACACCGAAAUUGAAGCACCCAACAAAUGGUAUUCAUUUCUAUUUGGAAAUUCUUCAAUUCGACUCAUCCAAAAUUAUCACACAGCGAUAACUAUCUAAGUCCCAGUAAAGACCAUUUAUCUCCAGUAGAAAAUUCUAAUAAUGAACUUCUGCCACCUGUACCAUAUACAACUGCGUCUACGUCCAUAUAUGACGACAUUGUUCUUACUGAAACAAUAUUAUUCUUUCAUUUUUCCUUACAUUAUUUAGUUCAUACAAUUUUUUGAAACAGUCAAUAAAGUUUCAAUGUGAAAUGCUAA